UACCAAAUCUGAGGACUCUUUGGCCAUUAUUUCUCAAAUAUUUUCUCAGCCCCAUUCUUUUUGUCUUCUCCUUUUGGUAUUCCCAUCACACAUAUGUACCUCUUACUGUUUGGUACUACCUAACCCACCUCUGAGGCUCGGUUCUUUUUUUUUUAAUCGUUUCUCUCCUCUGUUCUUCACCCUGGAUACUUUCUAUUGGUCUAUUUUCAAGUUCACAUAUUCUUUCCUCUGUCAUGACCAUUUCUAAUGGCUGUAAGCUCAUUCAGUUAAUUUUUUUUUUAUUUCUGAAAUUUUUUCAGUUCUAGAAUUUCCAUCUUGUUCUUCUUGUAUGAUUUUUUUUAUUUCUGCUGAGACUUCCCAUUUCUAUGAUGAGAGUUUCAUGCACUGAAAACAUAUUUUGUUUUACUUAAUUGAGGAUAGUUUUAGCAAUUCAUUAAAAUCCUUGUCUGUUAGUUCCAGCAUCUAUUUCCUUUCAGGAUCAGAAUAUACUGACUUUUCUUGUGGGAAUGUGUUUUAUUUUCUUGGUUCUUCUUAUGCUGGGUCAUUUUGAGUUGUAUCCCAGAUAUAAUGAAUGUUAAGUUUUGGAGACUUCGGGCUCUACUAUUUCCCACCGAUGAGGCGUUGUUUCCUUUGUUUUAUGGGUAAUUUUCCUGGCUGGGAUGGAGUUGCAAACUCUGUUCUCAUGCAGCAGUUCCUUACUUUGUUCAGAUCUUUUGUCUUUAGCUGGGCUAAGUUGGGUCUAUUUUGCACUUGUGUGGUUCAGGGGUCAGUCAAAGAUGUCAGAGUUUGGGGAUCCAGAGUUUAUGGUUUUUUCCCUUGUGGGAUUCCCUCACUUGCUUCAGGAAAGUAGUUUUUGGUUUGUUCGUUUUUAGAAUCUGCUCCAUCACUUUCAGAUCUUAUCACUUGAGGAACUCCCUCCUUGCUUUGACUCCUGCUUUCAGACUGGGCCCCACAGUUUCCGGUGAGUACCUGUUGAUGACUUGAGAGUUCUGUUCUGUAGACCCAACUGCCUUCCUUUCGUGUCUUCCUGCAUGGAUGCUGAUGCCACACAGCCGUGUGGCUAUCAGCAGUCUGUCCCCAUCUUUUCAUAUUUAGUCCACAGUGAUACUUUGUCUCCUAAUUUUGUUGUAGAGAUUGUCAGUGGGUCUUUGGUUUUGUUAUCCUCAUUGAUCUGUCUAUUUUUAACAGAGGGCCCUGGGUUGACUCAAAAACUAUGCUGUUGCCACUGUCCUCUUUCCAGAAUCCUCCUCUUUUACCGUAUUUAAGCUGAUUAUUUUUGAGUGCUUAAACUCUAGUCUCUGGUUUUUAGAUUCGUUUCUUAAAUAAACGGCUGCUGCCUUUAGAACCAGGCUUGUGGCUGUUCAUCUACUCUCUGUUUCUGGGUCAAAAUGAAGUCACAGCAGCUCUUUAUUUUUUAAUAAAGAAAUGAUUAUCAAAAGUCGUAAGUACAGGGCACAGGUGUGAUGGUGCGUGCCUUUAAUCCCAGCUACUUGGGAAGAUGAAGCCAGAGGAUCCCUUGAGGCCAGGAGUUUGAGGUUGCAGUGACUAGUGACUGCACCAUUGCACUCGGGCAACAGAGCAAGACCUUGUCUCUAAAAAAAAAAAAAGGAAAAAAACCAACUUGUAAAUAUGGGAGCCUUCUCAACAAUGAUAGUAUGCAUAUUGUGUUUUUCUUAUGCCACUGGGUUCAUGCUUGCUCUUCAGUUUUUUGAAUUAAAUAAUUUAAUGUUUGGGUAAUAUAUCAUCAGGGGAUGAAACUGAAAAGCAAGGGAAUGAUAAAUGAAAACGUUAGAAAAGGACUUAUAUCUACGGCGAGUGAGGGGAAUGAAAUCAGCGGUGGGUACAGAUAAGAUACAGGAAGUGUUCUAUCUUUUAAUCUGGUGGUGGGUAAAUGGGUGUAUGUUAUUACUUUUGAAAGUGUAUACAUAAUUGUAUGCCCUCUUUCAUAUCAUGAAGAUGUGCUAAACAGUCUCUGGGACACAAUCUAUGUUCAACUUCCUUGAGAGCUCCUCUUUGGGAGGUCACUGAGCAAAGUCAGAAGAGUCCUGGGAAAGAAGGGGUUCAUCCCAGUUGAAGCUUUGGCAGUGCUGUUGUGUAGGCCAGGAGUCCUCUGACCAAAAAUGUGGUCAGGGAGUGGGUUACUCUAUGUUUUCUGCUUAAGCUCAACACGACCUGCCUCUAGCUCUUAGAAGUAGGUCAAAGCAGAAACUUUCUGUGGGGGUAAAACGAGUGUCCUUAGCUGUUUGAAGCCACUGUGGAGGAGAGUAGGAACUUUAUUGGCUCAAGAACAAAUAUCUGGGCUACACUUGCCAAGGCAUUCUGCAUUGGGUUAAAAGCAUGGUCUGGGGUUCUUGGUGAUGGCAACUUUCAGGAAGUUGUCUCUCGAACCACAUUGCUCUGACCUUGACUGAUUGCCCUCUAUGCCUGAUACACAACUGGGUGUUCCUUCUCCCAGGAGAAAGGAUGCCUCUAUGAAUGUCUAAAUGCGCCUUUAUUUUUUAUUUGUAGUUUGUCUGAAUGUAGGAUUCUACUUUGGGAACAUUGUUUUUCAGGGUUUUGAAGGCAUUGCUUCAUUGUUAUCUUGUUUCCAGUGUUGCUUUGGAGAAUUUCAAAGCCAUUUUGAUUCUUGAUCUUUCCUAAGUAAUAAAAAAAAUUUAAAAAUCUCUAGAAGUAUGUGGAGUCUUUUCUUUGUCCCUAGCUUCUGACAUUUCAUAACAAUGUGCGUUGCUAUGUGUCUAUUUUUACUCAUUGUGGUGGGCUCUUUUAAUCCGCCAUUAUCUAAAAAGUUCUUAACUAAUUUUGUUAAUGGUUUUAACUCUUUUGGUUUUGCUGUUGCCUUUUUCUGAAACUCCUUAUAUUCUGAUAUUGGAUAUCCUGGAUUUGUCAUUUCUCUUUUAUUUUGUCUUUUGCUGUAUUUUGGGGAAAUUUUCUCAAUUGUAUCUUCUAAACCUUCUAUUGAUUAUUCCUGGGAUUAUGUUUUUGAUCUACAAAAACUUUUUUCUUCACUGUAUGUUGUUUUCCUAACAGCACAACAGCAUUCAUUCUUAGGUAAAGUAUCUUAUCUUUCUGAUAUUAAUAACAGGUUUUUUUUUUUUUUUAAGAUAAAGUUUUCCUCUUCCCUACAGACUCUUUCUCUCCAAGUUGAUUUUCUCUCCUUCUGGUCUUACAGUUAGAGGCUUUCUUUAGAUGGUUGGCCAUCCUUCCCUGUCUACUCAUAAUUAAGGGCUGGAAAUAAGAAGCUGACCUGAGCAGGUUAGAGGGCCAUUUACUGGGGGCACCCCUGGUGUCACUGUCUUCAGACCUUUCCUCUUUGACUUAGUCAGAUUCACAGAAGGAAGGAGAAAAAAAAAGAGGCUUCCAGUCUCCAGCCUGAAGGGUAAGGGUCUAGCUGCCAGGGGUUGGAGGGCAGGGUUAAUGCUCUGCAUUAGCAUUUACACUUCAUAUAGCCAGCAAAUCCCCUUGGUUAGAUAGAUUAUCCUGGCUUUCCAUUCUGUUUGGUCUCUGCCAUUCCGGAGACCCUCUGAUGUGUCUCUCUUCCGGCAAUGAACUUCAGAUAUUCUGAGUUGAGGAGAGGUGCUCUCUCAGGCAUGUGAAGUGGGGGAGAAAAUUUAGGCUUCUAAUUGCUCUUAAACAGUUUUCAGCCAAUCCCCCAUAUUUUUUUUAGCGCCCUCUUCUGCCCCUUACCUCUUGUUCCAAAGCUAUCUGUUGCUGCCAUUUCUGUGCCUUUUGAGAAGCCUGAAAUGCACACUAGUUGGUUCUUGGCUUUGGAAUCAGUUGGUUCUUAGCACUGCUGCUGGCCUGGGAUUUGACUUUCUCUGGUGGGCCGAGUCAACUGCUACUUGUCUAUUGGCUUUCAAGCUUCCAAAAAUGAUCUUGCUUUGUGUUUUCUUGCCUUGUCGCCUUUUCUUCUUGUCUUUGAAAAAUCCUUUUACUGCAAUUUGGUGACGUUUUAGUUGUGUAUGAUUUAGAUGAUUGUCUUCACUUUGCAGUCCUGACCCAGAACCUUUCUCUUACUUUUCCAUGCCUAGCAUCUUCUCAUCCUUCAUGUCUUACUUAAAUAUUAUCUCUUCUGAAAGGUCUUCCUGGACUAUCUUAUGUCAAGAAGGCAUUGCCCAACCGCUUCUUUAGUCUGUAUUUGAGUCUCUUAUAAUAUCUUUAUAGACUUUUAAAAAGUAUUUACUGUCUUUUUGUUCAUUUUUCACACUUUCUCGUAUGCUGCAUGACAUCAGGGACUGUGGCUGUCUUGUGAACUGUUACAUCCCCAGCAACUGGCACAUAGUUAACUACAAUGAACAUUUACUGAAGUGUGAAAGAACAGAUUACACCUGGACUGCAUGAUUUUUUUUUUUUUUUUUUUUUGAGACGGAGUUUUGCUCUUGUCACCCAGGCUGGAGGGCUGGAGUGCAAUGGUGCGAUCUUGGCUCACAGCAACCUCCGCCUCCCAGGUUCAAGCGAUUCUCCUUCCUCAACCUCCAGAGUAACUGGGAUUACAGGUGCUCACCACCAUGCCCAACUGAUUUUUGUAUUUUUAGUAGAGAUGGGGUUUUGCCAUGUUGGACAGACUGGUCUCGACCCCUGACCUCAGAUGACCCACCCGCCUCGGCCUCCCAGAGUGCUGGGAUUGCAGGAAUGACCCACCGCAGCUGGCCGAAUUUUUUAAAUUGGUAACAAUUUUCUCAGUUUUCUCAUCUGUAAAAAAAUAAGAGCAGGGAAAUAAAAUAGCACCUACCUCAUAGAAUUAUUGUGAGGCUUAGAGAGUUGAAAGGAUAAAGUGCUUAGAACAGUGCCUGGCACAUGGGACUAUAGCAAUGCUAUUAUAGUUAUAGUUUUAAGAGUCUUAAAAACAGUCUUUAGAGAGUUGUGAUUUUAUAUUUAAUUGUUGUUCAAUUUUGUUCAAGUUAAAGAAAAUUUUGCUGUGUGAUGGACUGAAUUAUUAUUCUGAAUUGUGUAGUAUGUUCUGAAUCAAAGUACAUCUGAAUUUUGACUCCAGGUUGAUCACGAAUGGCAACUUGAAUUUUAGCACUGUCAUGGGAGAGAAUUGUGCUUCCAAAGGAAAGUGGAUCCCAAAUAAUUCCCAGAGGUUUUCCACAUAGCCAGACAUUUAAGGAUGGUGCUGGCUAUUAUGCAUCUUCUUGUUUAGGCAAUUCUGGGCUAUCUGUGUCUUCUUAGGGAGUAGAAUUUAUUUUCAGUGCAAUCAUUUUGUUUUGAAAUUGAGCCACAUUGACUGGAUAGGUGGUUGAUAAUUCAGAUAUGUCUUGAGUAUUGCACUUAGCUGUAGAAACUUAAAGAAUGAUUCAUAGUUAUCAGCCUUCGUAUAUCCCUGAAAUUAAUUGAUUUUCACCAAAUAAUUCCUCAGUUCUUCAAAAACCUAUGAUUUUUUAAAUAGAGAGCUCAGUGAAAUUUAGUAAUGAGAGAUUAAAUGAUUUUCUAGUUUUCAUUUGCUAAAUACAUACAUCUGAAUUUAUACUUUCUUGAAAAGAUCACUAAUGCUCUUGUUUCUCUCCCCUCCUUGCAGUUUCAAGUACAAUAAGCAGCGUAUUCAGAUGUCUUAUCUCAUCAAUUAGAAAGUGCAAGCUCAUAAGUCACUCUUUCAGUGGGGUAGGAAGUACUUAAAAUUUGGCCUCAGAUUCUCUGAUUUCAAAAUCUUGAUCUGAGGAAGCUGCUUAGUAAACUUUGAAAAACAAGUCUUUAUAACCUAACCCAGUUGCAUCAAAAUAGAAUAGAUUUUCAUAUUCUGUUUCAAAUUAUUACAUAUCCAACAUUCAACUUGAAGAAAAUUCACUGCCUGUAUUUAUUUCUUCAUCACAUCAUGAAAUCAAUCUGACUUUCAAAGUUUCUAGUACAAGCUCUCUUGACCAAUAGUGCAAUAGAAACUGUAACAGAAACCUCAUUUUUUGAGGAGGAAUAGAUUGUUUGAGGGGAAUAAAUUGUUUUUUCCCUUUUCUUUAUUGCAAGUGUCCCAUCUCUGGGACACAUGAAGCAUUUCCAUGUUUAGACUUUUUAAAUCUUUUUUUUUUUUUUUUUUUUUUUUUGGAAUCAGGGUCUCGCUCUGUCACCCAAGCUGGAGUGCAGUGGUGCCAUCAUGGCUCGCAGCAUCAAUCUUCUGGGCUCAAGCCACCCUCCCACCUCAGUCUCCCAAGUAGCUGGGGCUACAGGUAGCACCAUGAUACUUGGUUAUUAAAAAAAAUUUAUUUUGUUGAAAUGGGGUCUCACUAUGUUGCCCAGGCUGGUCUUGAACUCCUGAGCUCAAGCAAUCCACUUGCCUCAGCCUCUCAAAGUGCUGGGAUUACAGGCAUGAGCCAUCACAUCUGGCGUAGACUUUUUUCCAUUGACAGGUGUUAGGUCUUACUAAUUCAUGUAUGAAAGCUAACUAGAUGAUUUUAUGUAUGUAUGUAUAGAUGUGUGUGUGUGUGUAUACAUAAUUAAUGUGCUGAAAUGUGCAGUGGGGGUCACAGCUAGUUCAGGUGUUUCUCUUUAUAGGUGACAUAUCAGAAAAUGGCUCUAUCAUUUACCUCCUAUGUGAUCUUGGGCAAAUUACUUAACCUCUCUCAGCCUCAGUUUUUUCAUUGGUAAUGUGGAAAUAAUAGCAAUACAACUAUUAUUUUUCUGUUUACCAGCAUGUAGUAAACACUCAGAAUUUAGAAUUAUUAUUGUGAUUUUUGUGAUCUUCUAGAGGUGAGGAUUUUUUCCUUAUUUAUGUUGAUAUAUCAAAGUGCCUCGUUAAUCAAUAUCUGAUGAAUGAAUAAGAACACUGAUAUCUUUCCUUUCACUUUUGCUGCUUAACUUGUUGCUAAUGUCUAAAAUUUCCUAGACUGGACAUUUUGCUUUUCACAUGUUAAAUGCUAAAAAAUUUAAUUGAAUAAUGUAUGUGGAGUACUUUGAAAAAUGUAAAUGGCCAUACAAAUGUAAUGGAUGAUGAUGAUGAUGAUGUUGAUGAUGCUAAUGAUGAUGAUAGUGUUGGAGUCACUUGCCAAAGAACAGGAAUGUUCUUUGCUGACUUCCCCUGUCUGCUGAAAGUGCCAGGUAAAAUUUGCUACCUGGAACCAAAACUGGCUGAAGACUAUGUAUGUAAGUAUGCAAAUAUUUGGAAGAGCUUAACAAUGCUGUUUGUGAAUUUGACACCCUUUGGACUGUUCAGCCGCUCUACCUGUGUAUCCUCUUCCACAGCCCUUCAUUUGUGUCUUUUAUGAGGUUUUGCUUUCAGUUAAAGAAGAUGACCUUCCUCAAAAGAGAAGAUUGUUCUUUGAUUAAGGAUUUGCAAAGAACUCUGCUUGUCUGCUACAGUUGUCAAACAGUGCAUUGUUGCCUUGUUCUCCCCACAUCUCCAUUUCUGAAUAUAUCUUUUUUAUUAGCGCAUUUGUCUUUUAUUCUUUACAAGAUAAGUCUCUGAAUAUAGAACUAAAUUUUAGUACCAUAUGCAGCAGUAGAGUGUGUGUGUGCACGCAUCUGCAUGCGCGCGUGUGUCUCUGUGUGUGUGUAGGGGGCUAUUCUUGAUUUUAUUGAUGACACAAGAUUACUAGUAUGUCUUACGUCUUCUUUACUCCACAGGUUAUGCUAUUUUAAGGGACAGAGUUUUGAACUGGGAAAGGGGAAGAAGAGAAACCCACCUGUAAUAGCUAAUUAUAGUAGUAAUUUAUUAUCUACUAUGUGCUAGUCAUUGUGCUAGGUAGUUUAUAUAAGCAAUAUUUUAAAGUACUUAUAGCAACUCUGUGAGAUAGAUAUGAUUACCCCAACUUUAUAAAUUAGGAAAUUGAGACUCAGAGAAGUUCAUGACUUUAUCCAGGUUCUCAUAGUAAAUAGAAGAGCCAGAAUUCAAAUAAACCCUGGACUUGGACUCUUGGUGCCUCUGUUUUGUUUUGUUUUUCCCAUCAGUAAAAUGGAUUGUGUGUGUGUGUGUGUAUGUGUGUGUGAAAAGCUCUCAUUGUUGGGAUGAGGCAAGGAGGAGGGUUCAGGUGACUCUCAUAGGAGCUGCAGAGAAUUACAGAUGUAUGAUGAGGUGAAUGAUGAAAUACUUGGAAAAGCUGGAACAUGUGGCUAGAAAUGGAAACUGAGAAACCCCAAGGCCCAUAUUCUCAGUGUUUGUGUGGUUUUCCCUAGGAGCCUGGUGAGUGCAGGUGAUAGUUGCUAAUCUGGGAAUGAGGAAAGGGAGCAUAUGGAAUUUGGAAAAUACCCCUCAAAUCUUGUUUGGCUUCUAAUAUUAAAGGACUUAUUUGUUAAUGUUGUUGAGUAUGAUAAUAGUAUGUGAUUAUAUUCUUAAUGUCUUUAUUAGUGAGAAAUUAUAUGAAAAUAUUGAUAAGUAAAAUAAUGUGAUGAAUAGGAUAUGCUUUAAAUACUUAAGCAAGAAAAAAAAGAGAAAGAGUGGAAGGGGACAGAUGGUGACUAUUGAAGGUAGAUCAUGAGUGUCUGCCAGUGGGGUAGCCUGCACACCUUCUACCCUCAGGGCCUCUUCUCUGUGGCUCUAAUCCAACAGAGGAAGGGAAUCUGACUCAUUCUGAAUAGAGUAGGGCCAAUGUUAGCUGUGCUAAGCUCUGUAUUUUUUCUACUGCUCCUCCUAAGAUUAUUUUUCCCAAAAGGUCCUUCUUAGGGAUGUACCUCUAUGAAGGGUGUUUCACUUUCCUGCACCUAGAGGUACAUAGCUCUAAUCUCAGUCAAGACUGACUCAGAGAAUGAAAAACAUUUAUAUGCCUCUGCUCUGAGUGUUCUCUGAGCUGGUCAGGGUGAGAGUGGGGUACAUAUCAUCCUAUAACCAUGAGGCCAUGCCUGGCUUCUCACACAGUUAGUUCCUUAGAGUGGGGCUCUCUGUUUGGCCUUCUGACUCUGGAAUGCGUAUUCUUUGAUCUCACUCCAUCCUUGAAGAUAUGAUCCCAUCCUUAUUCCAUUCUUAAGCUUUCAGGCAGACCAGCUCCAUACCCCAAAAUGGAUGGUGGUGGAAUUGGGGGAUUCUGGAGGAAAGUGAUACAAGUAGUUCUUGUGAUACAAAUUGUUCUUCCUAUAAGUAGUAGGAAGACGAGGUAGUGGAAACUUUAGUGUUAUAGCCAAGAUUCAAAACUAGCCCAUGAAAGGAAAAUAAAUUCUAAACUGCUCCAUUGUACCAAGAGUCAUGUGGCAAUUCAUUCAUUCAUUUCUUCAUUUCUUCAUUCGGUCAUUCAACAAACAUUUAGGACCAGACCCUUAUUAAAUGCUGGAUGUACUAAAAUUAAAGAGACCGUUUCUGAUCUGAAGGUUCUGGUAGCCUAGUGGAGGAGACAGCCAUUGAGUUAAUAAUUGUAGCAUGCGUUGAUAAAUGCCAUCCGUGAUAGAAGGAAGUCCCGUGUGCUAUGAAAGUGCUGAGGAGAUGCAUGUAAUGCAGUUUGUGGGAAGGUUAGUUAUCUACUGGGGAAAUGGGUACAGCUAAGCUUUAAAGAAUUCUUAGGAGUUAGCCAGGCAAAGAAGUGUGGAUUGCAUUCCUGUAGUAGAGAAUGUGUCUAGAAACAUGGAGGAAUAACAGCAUCAUGAGUUAGAGUUUUUGCAAGUCAAUAUGACUGAAAUGUGGAACACAAGGAAAAGAGGCAGAAGGUGAAACCCGACAGGUGAGCAGGGAGCUCUUCAUGCUGGGCUUGAUAUGCUAAGUUAAUUGUUUGGAUUUCAGCCAGCAGAAAAUGAGGAAGAUUUGAAUUUGAGAAAUCACACUGGGUGUCAUGUGGAAAAAGGAUCAAAAGGGAAUCAGUCUGGACAUCACAGCAAUCAAUCUAGGGAAAAGAUUACACAAACUUGAAUUAAGGUGAUGUCAAUGUGGAUGGAGAAGAGGGUAGACCCUGGAGUUGAUUUCUAGACAGAACCAAUAGGGCCAAUAAGUAGAUCACUAGUCUACACGAAGGACACAAAAAUAGUGAGUAAAGACAGAUAUGCAGUGGCAGGUAAUUGAGGAGGAUGUCUGAUUCCUUAUCGAUCCACCAAUCAAGAGAAAAAAAUAAACAGGUUUCAGGCAUAAUUUUUACUUAAACCAUGUGGUGAAUGUAACAAUGCACAUUUGUGAAAUAUGUCCAAAUCCUCUUUAUGUAUGUCUAACAUUUCUUAAUGACAGCUUAGAAUGAAAAGAAGAUGAAUGGCUUAAAAGGGGGCAAUGACAGAAAAUCAUCUAUAAAAUCUUAGGCUUUAUGUCGUGCAAGAAGAAACCAAUAAAAAAUUAAGAUGGAAUUCGGACAUAUACUAUCAAAUCUACAAUGUUAAUAACUAGCACUGGCAAAGAAUGGGGAAAAUAUUACUUUAAUUUCUCAUUUAUCAAAAACAACAGAACAAACAAAUAACUCCUGAGGCUUAUACAUAUUAAAUGAUUUGCUUGAAGUCACACAUAGCUGUAGGUGGGAACUCACAUUCCCUCCUAGGGAUCUCUGCAGGGCGUUGUGAUAACACCAUGACUCAACAUGUUUGGGGUCUAAGUAAUUAAAACUAAAGUUGGAGUAGCCAAUUUGCAGGAAAAAAAAAAUGAGUACUGCAAAUGAUAAUGAAGAACCUGUAUAAUUUUGGGGGGUUCCAUUGGAAUGAGAGAUGGAAGGAAAUAAGAAAAAGAGUACUGCAUUAUCUGCAUGUUAUACAAGCAAAUUUCAUCUCGAAAUUACUUAUUAGUGUAAAUGAUAUUAGAAUUUUAAAGCAGUUACGUAGGGAAUAUUAAUAGGACUAAAGAUAAUUGACAUUUAAACUUUCAGUUCAUUUCAACCACUGUGCUACUGUUGACCAUCUGCUAUGUACCUAGCAUUGUGACAAGUCCCAAGGGAGUACAAAUGUAAUAUAAGAUGGUUUUGUCUCCAAGGAUCUUAAAGUGUUGUUAGGGAAACUAGAUUUGCAAACAUGAAACUAAUUUAGAACCAUCUAGAACAGUUUAUAAUCAGUGAAAUAUUUAUAUAAUGAAGUACAAAAAUUUUGGAAGCAGAUAAUACAUGCUCUGGGUAGUCAGAAAAGGGAGCUAUUGAUAAUGUCCAGAGUCAAUUAGAAGGCUUCACUCAAGGCUGCAGUGCCGUGGUGUGAUCUCAGCUCACUGCAACCUCUGCCUCCUGGGUUCAAGCAAUUCUCCUGCCUCAGCUUCCGGAGGAGCUGGGAUUACAGGUGGGUGCCACCACACCUGGCUAAUUUUUGUAUUUUUAGUAGAGACAGGGUUUCACCAUGUUGGCCAGGCUGGUCUCAAACUCCUGACCUUGGCCUCCCAAAGUGCUGGAAUUACAGGCAUGAGCCACUGCAUCCGGCCAAUGUAACUCUUAAGAUGAGCCUUGAAGGGUGAAAGGGAUCUGAUUUUUCAAGAAAGUAAAGGGCAAGACUAGUGAAGUAAACGUUUUGUUUUGUGUUUUCUAAGAAAUAAAUAACUAGUCUAAUAUUCUAAAUAGUCUAAUAUUUUGUCUGCUCACUGCAGUUUUACUUAAUGAAAUAUUGGAAACAACCUAAAUGCCAAACAAUAGAAUAGGGGAAGUGUCCAUAUUUCAUGCUAAAUCUGUAUCACUGAAUAUUAUUAAACCAGUAAAAAUAAUUAAAGAACAAUGUAGUCUGGCGGAAAAGCAUGGCUUGCAGCCUGUUAAACUAUCAGUUUUAUACUUAUUAGCUUUGUGCCUUUGGGCAAGUCACUUACUGUUUUUGAACUUUGGUUUAUUCAACUUUUAAUGGUAAUGAUAGUGACCACCUUGCAAAAUUAUUGCGAGGGUUAAAAAUAAAUAUAUAGGGCCGGGCGUGGUGGCUCAUGCCUGUAGUCACAGCACUUUGGGAGGCCAAGGCGGGAGGAUCACAAGGUUAGGAGAUCGAGACCAUUCUGGCUAACACGGUGAAACCCCGUCUCGCCACUGUCCUCCAGCUUGGGAGACAGACCAAGACUCCAUCUCAAAAAAAAAAAAAAAGUAUAUAGAGAACCUGGUGCAUAGUGGAUGCUCAAGAGAUGUUAUUCACACUUAAUGAUGUAUAUACUCUGCUGGUAUGUAAACAGGUACUGUCUUUCUGAAGGACGAUUUCUUAAUUCUUAGCAAGAGCUUUAAAAAUGAGUGUUUUCUGUAUGACUCAGCAAUCCCAUAACUAAAAAUUUAUUCUAAGGAAAUAAAGAUGUGUGCACAUCUGGUCACACGUGGCACCUCACUCCUGUAAUCUUAGCACUUGGGAGGCUGAGGCAGGAGGAUCCCUUCAGCCCAGGUGUUCGAGACCAGCCUGAGCAGUAUAGUGAGACUCUGUCUCUACAAAAAAUAAAAUUAGUAAAAGAAAAGAAAAGAAUAUUCUUUGCAGCAUUGAAUAGAAUACUGGAAAACACCCCAAAAUUUCACAAAUAGAUGAUUGGUAAAGUAAAUUUUGAUUCUCUUACAUAAAGGAGAUUAUAAAACCAUUAAAAUGAUGAUAUAGAAGUGCAUAGAAAGAAACAGAUUAUAAAACUAUACACAGUUUAAUCCUAUUCUGGUAAAUGUAUAUUUAUGCAGAGAAAAUUUUCUAGAAGGAUAACAUGCCAAAAUGUUAACUACAGUUGUUUCUGAGUAGUGGGCCCUUUAGGUGAUUUUUAUCUUCUUCAUGUUGCUUACCUGAAUUUUUUCCUUUUAUGAUAAUGAGGAUUGCUAAUUAAAUUUUUCAAAAAUAGGGAUGGAUCUCUGUUAAAAAUUUUUAGUGACAUAGGAAAAUGCUUAAGACUUAAGAAAGAUUUAAAACUUAUGUUUUAUACAAUCCCAGUUUUGUUAAGUACUUUUUAGUCUAUGACUGAAUUUUGCUUUUACAGCUUUUGCUCUCAAAAAGUAGCAAAGCUCCCAAGAAACGAUGAGGAUAGAAGGGGCCGUAAAAUAUCGAACAGAGAUUAAAUUUGUGUAUGCACAGACCUCUUUUGUUUUUUUUCUUCAUUUUCAUCACAGUUUUAACAGUUGGCCUUCUGGGCUAUUUUUAUAGACAAAGUUGAACUAUUGUAAAAGGCCAUUCUUUCCCUUCCUGCCUUGUCUACUUUCAUCCUUACUAAGAACUCAGCAAAUUCAGUACUUAAUAGGCACCGAGGGUAUACAAUGGUGAACAGAAAGCUCACUGUUCACUUAGAAAAGACAGUCAACAGUCACCUAAAUAAAUACAUCAUUACAAAUUGUGCUUACUACUUUGGACAAAACUGCAGUGUUACACAGAAAGAAAUGAAGGUGGAGAUCAGGGAAUCAUUUCAGACAAGGAAGUUUGCAAAGACCUCCAUGAUGAGGAAGGGACACUUAAAGUCAGUUUUGAAGUAUGAGUAGGAGUUAGUCCCACAAAAUGUGGAGGGAAAGCACUCUAUGAAGAGAGACAAGGACAUAGAAAGGUUUUCAAGCCAAAAAAAAAAAAAAAAAAAAAAAAAAAGAAAAGAAAAGAAACACAAAAAAACAAAAAACAGUGUUAAGGAAAAAACGGGCCAGGUGUGGUGGCUCAUGCCUGUAAUCCCAGCACUUUGGGAGGCCGAGGUGGUCGGAUCACUUGAGGCCAGGAGUUUGAGAACAGCCUGGCCAACAUGGUGAAACCCCGGCUCUACUAAAAAUACAAAAUUAGCCAGAUGUGGUGACCAGCACCUGUAAUCCCAGCUACUGGCGGGACUGAGGCAGGAGAAUCACGUGAGCCUGGGAGGUGGAGGUUGCAGUGAGCGGAGAUCAGGCCACUGCACCCCAGGCUGGGCGACAGAGCAAGACUCUGUCUCAAAAAAAUAAAACAAAACACACACACAACAGUGUCUGGCUCUUGUGUCACAAUGUUAGCUUGGAAGAUAGGCAGGGACUUUGACCACACUAAGGAGGAUUUGGGAUUUUGUCCUGAAGACAGUGAGCAGCCCCUGAGGACUUUGAGCAGUGGUUACUAUUUAUGACUGUAUGAAGCAGUUUAUAAUUUAAAAAGAUCUGUUUGGCUGCUCUGAGGAGAAAGAGUGGAGAGAGGCAAGAAGAAAUCUGAAAAAUGAGUUAGGAGGCUGUUAGACUUGAUCAGGAGAUGCUGCUGCUGAGUAAUGACAGUGAUGAUAAAGAAUAGAAGACAGUUGAGAGAUGUAUUUGAUAGGAUUUAGUGAUAAGACUUAGUGAUUAAUAGGACUUAGUAAUGGAUUGGAUUAGAGGAGUGAGGCAUGGCGGGGAAUAGGGGCUGUCAAGGAUGAGCUUUAGAAUGCUUUGCUUGAGUGACUUGGUGGAUUACACAGAUGGUGGAGUAGGUUUCUUUCUUGGGGGAAGGGAGACCUAAGAGUCAAUGUCGGACAUGUUUUCUUUGAGAUAUUUAUAAGAUUCCCAAGUGGAGAAAUUGAAUCGAUGAGGCCUGUUAUUCACAAGAGCUACCCACCUGGGAUGGAGACAGACCUUUCAGAGCAGUUGGCCCCUGGACGGUCCUGACAGUCCUGUGGAUGGAUGGGAUUGCCUAUGGGGAGAAUAUCGAGAGAGAGGAACAGAGAAUCUAGGACUGAGCCCUGAUGAAUUCCAACACUUAGAUAUCAACUAAUAGGGGGAAGUGGCAAAGCACUUGAAGAAGGAUACAUUCCAGGGGAGGAAGAUCAGGGGAAUGUGGGGUCUGGGACGCCAAGGGGAGAGAGUUUCAAGAAGGAGGGAGGGAGGGAUUGACUGUACAGAAUGCUCUGAAAAGCCUAGGAAAAUGGUGAUUGGAAAGUGCCCGAUGGAUUGGCAAUCUGGAGGCUCUAGGUGAUUGUAGGAAAUGGAUUCAGUGCAGUGGUGGAUGUGGGAGCCAAACUGGAGUGAGUGGAAGGAGGAAUAGGAAUAACAGAGGAGAACGUGUGCACGACUCUUCAUCAUCUUGGCUCUGAAGGCAGAGGACCGUCGCUGGAAGGGAAUGGAAAGGCAAGAGAGAGGUUUUUUUCUUUCCCUUCGACAAGGGAGAUUCUACAGUUUGUUUGAAUCCUGGUAGGAAUGAUUUAGCAAGGGAGGAGAGAUUAAUUCCAUAGGAGACACACUGAUGGAUGGAGAGCCCCAGUGAGUGCUGGGAUUGGUGUUUGACAGGACAAGGAAAGGAGCUGCUAGUAGGUUUUUGACAUCUGCUAUUUAAUAUAUGUGGAGUGUAUACCAGGCACUGUGCAAAGUAUCCACUCACACCAUAAUCACAAUAGCACAAUAAUCACAGUAGCCCUAUGAAGUUGAUAUAAUUAUUCCCAUUUUACAGAUGAGGAAAUUGGGCUUAAGUGGAGAUAGAUCCAAGGUCUUAAGUCAGAACUGUUUGAUUUCAGAGUUCAUACUCUUAACUCUUACUAAUAAGAUUUCCUCAGGCCCAGACGCGGUGGCUCACGCUUGUAAUCCCAGCACUUUGGGAGGCAGAGGCGGGUGGAUCACGAGGUCAGGAGAUCGAGACCAUCCUGGCUAACACGGUGAAACCCCAUCUCUACUAAAAUUACAAAAAAUUAGCCGGGCGUGGUGGCGGGCACCUGUAGUCCCAGCUACUCGGGAGGCUGAGGUAGGAGAAUGGCGUGAACCCAGGAGGCGGAGCUUGCAGUGAGCCGACAUCGCGCCACUGCACUCCAGCCUGGGCGACAGAGCGAGACUCCGUCUCAAAACAAAACAAAACAAAAAAAGAUUUCCUCUAUGAUGGUGUAUUAGUUUGCUCCAGCUGCCAUAAAAGUACCACAGACUGGGUGGCUAAAACAACAGAAAUGUAUUUUCUCACAGUUCUGGAGGCUUGAAGUCUGAGAUUGAGGUGUUGGCAGGUUUGAUUUCUCCUGAGGCCUCUCCUUGAGUUGCAGAUGGCUGCCUUCUCUCUCUGUCCUCACGCGGCCUUUCCUCUGUGUUCUCACAUUUCUGGUAUCUCUUAUGUGUCCUAAUCUCGUCUUAAAAGGACAGCAGUCAAAUUGGAUUAGGGUCCACCACCGAAACGGCCUCAUUUUAACUUAAUCACCCUUUUAAAGGCCUUAUCUCUGGGUACAGUCACAUUUUGAGGUUAAGGUUUCAACAUAUGAAUUCUAAGCACCACAAAAUUCAGUCAACAACAGAUGGCUUUUUAAAGUAUAAGGAAAGGGGUGGCCCCGGGGGGAGUUUUGAAGACAGUAUAACUAUAAUUGAAGAGUAUAGAAGAAGGAGCUUACUAGAGAAAUGUAGCCUUAGGGUCAGUUGAGGUUGAAGAUCAUUCAUUUAUAUCUAUCAGGCCCAAUUAUUCAAGCCUCCGCAGCAGCAGUCAGGUGUAUGUGUGGAGUAAAGAGGAACCCUGCUUUGAUGAGGCUGCUGGAUGCUCACAUGGGCUUAUUAACCAGCCAAAUGACCACCUCUCGUGCACAAAAUUGAACUGUAAAUGAGUUUUAUUCACAUCCUUGGCACAAGUACAAAUUACUAUUUGUCAUGGACCUUUUUGGCUGCUCUCAAGUUGUUGAAAACGUGGAUGUUAAAUCCAUGACUGCUAAGAUUUUGUUGCAUUCACCAAUGCACAAAUUGCCUUGAACAUUUUUUUCAAUCUGUUCUAAAAAUGGUCUUUCAUGAUUACUCACCACUCUCUUCCUCUUUCUCUAUCCCACUUUCUUUCUUCCUUUUUUUUUCCAUCUUCACUUAUCAACAAUUUAUUGAGUACCUACUAGGUGUCUGGCACUAAGGAUGAAGAGUCCACAGUCUAUCGUAUGUCUAUAUGCAGGUAUAUAUGUGUAUAGUGUAUAUAUAUAUAUGCAGAUAUGUAUACUCUCUAUAUAUCCUAAAGACCUGAGUGAUAAGUGCUGUUACUAAAGUAUUAAUUCAUUUGUUCAUUUAAUCCUAUGAAUAUAUUGAGUCCCUACUAAGUGCCAGACAGUGUGUUAGGCUUGGGAUAGAGCCAUGAGUAACGUAUAGUUUCUGCCCUUAAGAAAUUUACAAGCUGGUUUAGAAAAAUAAACAGGUAAGUACACAGAGACAAUGCAAUAUGACUUUUGUAACAUUAAAAGAUCUCAAAGAAAAAAAUGACUCUUGUCUCUGCUUUGCUGUGCAUAUUUGGGUACGUGUGGAAAGGAGCUAUUGCUGCAUUUUAAUGAAAAGAGCUAUAAAAAGAACAUCCUUUCAUAAACAUUUUUGAAUGCUUGUAAUCAUUGUGUAGUGAUGGUUUUAUAGCUCUUGAAUUAUGAGCAAGCCAUUGAGUUGAGGGAUUUGUGAGUUUUUUCCUCAUUUGAACUUAUUGUCCAUACCCUGUGCUAUUAUCAACUCAUUUUCUUAGGUGGUUUAAUGAUUAAUGGUAUUCCUGAAAUACUCUACAGAAACCUGCUGAAUAUUAAAACUUGAGAAAAGUCACAGUAAUGCUUCAUUACUGUGACAGUGGGUGAGCAGACAGCAUGUGCUGGCCUAGCAUAUAUCUCGGAUAUUUGGAACUUGGAACUAUGCAUUAAUGUGGGGAUUUUCUUGUAAUAUGAUUUUUAAAAUAUAAUGAAUAGCAGAUCAAAAACACUGAGAAGGAAAUGGACUUUUGUAGAUUAUGCAAUCAAACUAUUUUCAACUAUCACCUAUUAUCUCAGGAAAAAAAGUUAUUUACAACCAAAUAUUUAUGGAGUUAAUUGAGAUGAUGUUUAUAAACUUGUUGCUUUCUUUGGAGCUGAUGUGUUACACAGACUCAAGGUAUUAUUAUCUGCAAUCUAGACUUAUUUCUUUGGGAAAAUGCUAAUCAUAUUAUGGAAAUAGUUCAGGUAGUGGAAGAGAGAAAAGGCAAAUCUGAUAAAUAGCGUAUGUAGGAUUUAGAAUCAGUGAUUAACCUGGUAACUGCUGGAAAUUGCUUUGAUGUCAAGCAAUGGACGUUCACAUUCAUGUGGACGUCACGUUCAUGUGGACAUCAUUUCAGAAUCAUAUUCCAGAGUAUGUCAUAGUGGAAAGAUCACUGGAUUGGGAUCAGGAAAUCUAAGUACUAGUCUGGCUCUGCCAUUGACCACCUAUGUGUCUCAUUUUACCCAUCUUUAAAAGGAAGUGGUUAUGGGAAGAGGUCUCUAAGGUCCUUCCAGUUCUGAUAUUUUGUCGUUCUGUCCUUCUACGUCCCACACUUAUCGAAAGGAUUUUGAGUUAGUGUGCAUCCAGGAGCUUAUUUCCGUGGGCUAUUGGGAACAGCAGGCCUUGCUUCUCCAGGACUUGAUAUGUCUUCUGUUAACUGCUGACAGUGAGUCAUGCCACCUAAAAGGCUCCCUUGGUAGCCUUAAAGAUUGAAAGGACAAAUGGACAGUGUUGAGAACUCUGUGGAAGAGGAGACCAGAGAGACGUUGAUCAUCAUGGCUCCUUGGGAUUUGCAAAGAGGAAUGACUAAAACGGGGUCCUUCACUACAGCCAGGUCAAAGGUCAGGUCAGGAAUGUGGACAAUGCUGGUGACUCCAGUUGCUUCCAAGAUCCGGUACUUGCAGGAAUAUCAUAACCGGGUUCUCCACAACAUUUAUCCUGUGCCAUCAGGAACAGAUAUUGCAAACACCUUGAAAUACUUUUCUCAGACCUUGUUAAGCAUUUUGUCCCGCACAGGGAAGAAGGAAAACCAAGAUGCCUCCAAUUUGACAGUGCCCAUGACCAUGUGUCUUUUUCCUGUGCCAUUCCCACUCACCCCAUCUCUAAGACCGCAGGUCAGUUCCAUCAACCCUACUGUUACUCGCUCCCUCCUUUACAGCGUCCUGCGAGAUGCUCCCUCAGAACGCGGCCCGCAAAGUCGUGAUGCUCAGUUGUCAGACUACCCUUCUUUGGACUACCAAGGCCUCUACGUGACUUUGGUGACUCUCCUGGAUCUAGUUCCUUUACUACAGCAUGGCCAACACGAUCUUGGACAGUCGAUAUUUUAUACAACUACAUGUUUGCUACCUUUUCUCAAUGAUGAUAUUCUGAGUACUUUGCCCUACACGAUGAUAUCAACGUUAGCUACCUUUCCUCCAUUUCUGCACAAGGAUAUCAUUGAAUAUCUUAGCACAUCUUUUCUACCAAUGGCUAUAUUGGGCUCCUCAAGGAGAGAAGGUGUACCUGCCCAUGUUAACCUCUCUGCAUCAUCCAUGCUAAUGAUUGCAAUGCAGUACACAUCCAAUCCAGUGUAUCAUUGUCAAUUACUGGAAUGCCUCAUGAAAUAUAAACAAGAAGUCUGGAAAGAUCUUUUGUAUGUGAUUGCGUAUGGGCCUUCACAAGUGAAGCCUCCAGCUGUGCAAAUGCUUUUCCACUACUGGCCCAAUUUAAAACCUCCUGGGGCAAUAAGCGAGUACAGGGGGUUGCAGUACACAGCUUGGAAUCCCAUCCACUGCCAGCACAUUGAAUGCCACAAUGCAAUUAACAAACCAGCUGUGAAGAUGUGUAUAGACCCUUCCCUGUCAGUAGCAUUGGGUGAUAAACCACCCCCGUUGUAUCUCUGUGAAGAAUGCAGCGAGAGGAUUGCAGGGGACCACAGUGAGUGGCUGAUUGAUGUUCUUCUGCCACAAGCUGAAAUAUCUGCUAUAUGUCAGAAAAAGAACUGCAGUUCCCACGUUAGAAGAGCAGUUGUCACCUGCUUCUCAGCAGGGUGCUGCGGUCGUCACGGAAACAGGCCUGUUCGGUACUGCAAGAGGUGCCACUCAAAUCAUCACAGUAAUGAAGUGGGGGCCGCUGCGGAGACCCACCUCUAUCAGACCUCUCCUCCGCCUAUCAACACGCGGGAAUGCGGCGCUGAGGAGCUGGUCUGUGCCGUGGAGGCCGUGAUCAGCUUGUUGAAAGAAGCCGAGUUCCAUGCUGAGCAGCGAGAAUACGAGCUGAACCGGCGGCGGCAGCUGGGCCUCUCCUCUUCCCACCAUUCCCUGGAUAAUGCUGACUUUGAUAACAAGGACGAUGAUAAACACGAUCAGAGGCUGCUCAGUCAAUUUGGAAUAUGGUUCUUAGUGAGCCUCUGCACACCCAGUGAGAACACACCUACAGAAAGCUUGGCCCGGCUGGUGGCCAUGGUGUUUCAGUGGUUUCACUCCACUGCAUAUAUGAUGGAUGAUGAAGUGGGAAGUCUGGUGGAAAAGCUGAAGCCUCAGUUUGUAACCAAAUGGCUGAAGACCGUAUGUGAUGUUCGCUUCGAUGUCAUGGUCAUGUGCCUUCUUCCUAAACCCAUGGAAUUUGCCAGGGUUGGUGGCUACUGGGAUAAGUCCUGUAGCACAGUGACUCAGCUGAAGGAAGGUCUCAACCGAAUCCUCUGCCUGAUCCCGUAUAAUGUGAUCAAUCAAUCUGUCUGGGAGUGUAUUAUGCCGGAAUGGCUGGAAGCCAUCAGAACAGAAGUCCCAGAUAAUCAGUUAAAAGAAUUCAGGGAAGUAUUAAGCAAAAUGUUUGACAUUGAACUCUGUCCUCUGCCUUUCUCAAUGGAGGAGAUGUUUGGUUUUAUUAGUUGUCGGUUUACAGGAUACCCCUCCUCUGUGCAGGAGCAAGCUUUGCUAUGGCUUCAUGUAUUAUCAGAGUUAGAUAUCAUGGUUCCACUUCAACUACUAAUAAGUAUGUUUUCUGAUGGAGUUAAUUCAGUCAAAGAGCUGGCAAAUCAAAGAAAAUCAAGAGUCAGUGAACUGGCAGGGAACCUUGCAUCUCGAAGGGUGAGUGUUGCCUCUGAUCCUGGUCGACGAGUUCAGCACAAUAUGCUCAGUCCAUUUCAUAGUCCUUUCCAGAGUCCGUUUCGGAGUCCUAUGCGUAGUCCGUUUCGUAGCCCUUUCAAGAAUUUUGGACACCCAGGAGGAAGGACUAUUGACUUUGAUUGUGAAGAUGAUGAAAUGAAUCUAAAUUGUUUCAUCCUCAUGUUUGAUCUUCUCCUGAAGCAGAUGGAGUUACAAGAUGAUGGAAUCACGAUGGGUUUAGAGCACAGCUUAUCAAAGGACAUUAUUUCUAUUAUAAACAAUGUCUUCCAAGCCCCCUGGGGGGGAUCCCACACCUGCCAGAAGGACGAAAAAGCAAUCGAGUGCAACUUAUGUCAGUCUAGUAUCCUCUGCUAUCAGCUUGCUUGUGAACUCCUGGAGAGACUAGCUCCUAAAGAAGAAAGCCGGCUGGUGGAGCCCACAGACAGCCUUGAGGAUAGCCUCCUUUCUUCCAGACCAGAGUUUAUCAUAGGCCCUGAAGGGGAGGAGGAGGAGAAUCCUGCAAGCAAGCAUGGGGAGAACCCAGGCAAUCGCACCGAGCCUGUGGAACAUGCUGCAGUAAAGAAUGAUACUGAAAGAAAAUUUUGCUACCAACAGCUUCCGGUAACAUUGAGACUAAUAUAUACCAUUUUCCAGGAAAUGGCUAAGUUUGAAGAGCCAGACAUUCUUUUUAAUAUGCUCAAUUGCCUGAAGAUUCUCUGUCUGCAUGGAGAAUGUUUAUACAUUGCCAGAAAAGAUCACCCUCAAUUUUUAGCCUACAUUCAGGACCACAUGUUGAUUGCAAGCCUGUGGAGGGUCGUCAAAUCCGAGUUCUCUCAGCUAUCUUCACUGGCAGUCCCUCUUCUCCUCCAUGCCCUGUCACUUCCUCAUGGUGCUGACAUCUUCUGGACAAUCAUAAAUGGCAAUUUCAACAGCAAAGACUGGAAGAUGAGGUUUGAAGCAGUGGAAAAAGUUGCUGUAAUUUGUAGAUUUCUGGAUAUUCACUCAGUAACCAAAAACCACCUGCUGAAGUACUCCCUGGCACAUGCCUUCUGCUGCUUCCUGACAGCGGUGGAGGAUGUCAACCCCGCAGUGGCCACCAGAGCUGGUCUCCUGCUUGACACCAUAAAGAGGCCAGCAUUGCAGGGUCUAUGUCUUUGUCUUGAUUUCCAGUUUGAUACUGUGGUUAAAGACAGACCCACAAUUUUGAGCAAGCUUUUACUCUUGCAUUUUCUUAAGCAGGAUAUUCCUGCUCUGAGCUGGGAGUUCUUUGUCAAUAGAUUUGAGACGCUUUCUUUGGAAGCCCAGCUACAUUUGGAUUGUAACAAGGAAUUUCCUUUUCCUACAACCAUCACUGCUGUGAGGACCAAUGUUGCUAACCUCAGCGAUGCAGCCUUAUGGAAGAUCAAGAGAGCUCGCUUUGCAAGAAACCGCCAGAAGAGUGUACGUUCCCUGAGGGACAGUGUGAAAGGGCCUGUGGAAUCCAAGAGGGCACUCUCCCUCCCUGAGACCCUGACCUCCAAAAUUCCUAUGAGGUUGACCAGGCAUGAGCAGUCUGCUCCAGCUCUCGGUGGGACACCCGAACAGACGCCAGGACAACAAUCUCCGGAGAAUGACAACACCAUCAAGGACCUGCUCCCAGAAGAUGCUGGGAUCGACCACCAGACAGUUCACCAGCUGAUUACAGUGCUCAUGAAGUUCAUGGCCAAGGAUGAAAGCAGCGCUGAGUCAGACAUCAGCAGUGCAAAGGCCUUCAACACGGUCAAGCGACACCUGUACGUCUUACUCGGCUAUGACCAGCAGGAAGGUUGCUUCAUGAUUGCACCUCAAAAAAUGCGCCUGUCAACUUGCUUUAAUGCAUUCAUUGCAGGAAUUGCCCAAGUUAUGGACUAUAACAUUAACUUGGGAAAACACCUUCUCCCCUUAGUGGUUCAGGUGCUCAAAUACUGCUCUUGUCCUCAACUCCGGCAUUAUUUCCAACAGCCGCCUCGUUGCUCCCUCUGGUCCCUAAAGCCUCACAUCCGGCAGAUGUGGUUGAAGGCCUUGCUUGUCAUCCUUUACAAGUAUCCAUACCGAGACUGUGAUAUCAGCAAGAUCCUGCUGCAUCUGAUUCACAUAACAGUCAAUACACUCAAUGCGCAGUAUCAUAGCUGCAAGCCCCAUGCCACGGCAGGACCUUUGUACAGUGACAACAGUAACAUAAGCAGAUACAGCGAAAAAGAAAAAGAAGAAGAUAGUGUUUUUGAUGAAUCUGAUAUUCAUGAUACACCUACUGGACCCUGCAAUAAAGAGUCUCAAACUUUUUUUGCAAGAUUGAAAAGAAUAGGCGGCAGCAAAAUGGUGAAAUAUCAGCCGGUUGAGAUGAAUGUUCAGAGAAGUGAAAUAGAACUGGCUGAAUAUAGAGAGACGGGUGCAUUACAAGACAGCCUUCUCCACUGUGUGAGAGAAGAAAGCAUUCCGAAAAAAAAGCUACGCUCUUUCAAACAAAAAUCUCUUGAUAUAGGGAAUGCAGACUCGCUUUUGUUUACAUUAGACGAACAUCGUAGGAAGUCGUGCAUAGAUCGGUGUGACAUAGAGAAGCCUCCGACCCAAGCUGCGUAUAUUGCACAAAGACCAAACGACCCUGGACGUUCUAGACAGAACUCUGCUACGAGGCCUGACAAUAGUGAAAUCCCCGAGAACCCAGCUAUGGAAGGGUUUCCAGACGCUCGAAGGCCUGUCAUACCAGAGGUUAGGUUAAACUGUAUGGAGACGUUCGAGGUGAAAGUUGACUCGCCGGUAAAGCCUGCUCCUAAAGAGGAUUUAGAUCUGAUAGAUCUGUCCUCAGAUUCAACCUCGGGGCCUGAAAAACACUCUAUACUCUCAACCUCUGACAGCGACUCUCUUGUAUUUGAGCCUCUUCCCCCUCUCAGAAUAGUCGAGAGUGACGAAGAAGAGGAGACAAUGAACCAAGGCAAUGACAGCCCGUCUGGUAAAAAUGCUGCCUCUUCUCCCUCCGUCCCCAGUCAUCCCUCCGUCCUCAGCCUGAGCACAACUCCGCUUGUACAAGUAAGUGUGGAGGAUUGUUCCAAAGACUUUUCUUCUAAGGACUCAGGAAAUAAUCAGUCAGCAGGGAACACAGACUCUGCCCUCAUCACUCUGGAAGACCCUAUGGAUGCUGAAGGAUCCUCAAAGGCAGAGGAGCUGCCAGAGUUCUCCUGCGGUAGCCCACUAACGCUGAAGCAAAAACGAGACCUCCUUCAGAAGUCGUUUGCUCUCCCUGAGAUGUCACUGGAUGAUCACCCUGACCCGGGCACUGAGGGGGAGAAGCCUGGGGAGCUGAUGCCAAGUUCAGGGGCAAAAACCGUCCUCCUCAAAGUUCCCGAAGAUGGGGAGAACCCUACAGAAAGUGAGAAGCCUGAUACCAGUGCAGAAUCUGAUACAGAACAGAAUCCUGAAAGGAAGGUGGAAGAGGAUGGAGCUGAGGAAUCUGAAUUUAAGAUUCAGAUUGUUCCCAGGCAGAGGAAGCAGAGGAAGAUUGCUGUCAGUGCUAUCCAGAGAGAGUACCUCGACAUCUCCUUCAACGUUCUAGACAAACUGGGAGAACAGAAAGAUCCAGAUCCUUCUACUAAAGGACUUUCAACUUUGGAAAUGCCACGAGAAUCUUCAUCUGCCCCUACAUUAGAAGCAGGUGUGCCGGAAACAAGUAGCCAUUCCUCAAUAUCAACUCAGUAUAGGCAGAUGAAAAGGGGAUCCCUGGGAGUUCUGACAAUGAGCCAGUUAAUGAAGCGGCAGCUGGAGCAUCAGUCUAGCGCCCCCCAUAACAUCAGCAACUGGGACACUGAACAGAUACAGCCUGGGAAACGCCAGUGUAACGCGCCAACGUGCCUAAACCCUGAGCUGGAGGGGCAGCCAUUGAGGAUGAGAGGUGCCACCAAAUCCAGCCUGCUAUCAGCACCAAGCAUAGUCAGUAUGUUUGUGCCUGCACCCGAAGAAUUCACUGACGAGCAGCCGACGGUGAUGACGGACAAAUGCCAUGACUGUGGGGCCAUUCUUGAAGAAUACGAUGAAGAGACACUUGGGCUGGCCAUCGUGGUCCUCUCCACAUUCAUUCACUUAAGCCCAGACCUGGCAGCCCCGCUGCUGCUGGAUAUCAUGCAGUCUGUGGGAAGAUUGGCAUCCAGUACUACCUUUUCUAAUCAAGCAGAAAGCAUGAUGGUUCCCGGCAAUGCGGCGGGGGUGGCCAAGCAGUUCCUGCGCUGUAUCUUCCAUCAGUUGGCCCCCAACGGCAUCUUCCCGCAGCUGUUCCAAAGCACCAUCAAAGAUGGGACUUUUUUACGGACCUUAGCCUCGUCUCUGAUGGACUUCAAUGAGCUGAGCUCCAUCGCAGCUCUCAGUCAGCUCCUAGAGGGUCUAAAUAACAAAAAGAAUUUACCAGCAGGGGGUGCUAUGAUUCGCUGUUUGGAAAACAUUGCAACUUUCAUGGAAGCUUUGCCUAUGGAUUCUCCUAGUAGCCUCUGGACCACAAUCAGCAACCAGUUUCAGACAUUUUUUGCCAAGCUGCCUUGUGUUUUACCUCUGAAGUGUUCUUUAGAUUCCAGUUUGAGAAUUAUGAUUUGCCUCUUGAAGAUCCCUUCUACCAAUGCUACAAGGAGUUUGUUGGAACCAUUUUCAAAACUGCUCAGCUUUGUAAUUCAGAAUGCUGUCUUUACGCUGGCCUACCUGGUAGAGCUGUGUGGCUUAUGUUACCGAGCUUUCACUAAGGAACGAGAUAAAUUCUACUUGUCUCGUAGUGUUGUUCUAGAACUUCUGCAGGCCCUAAAGCUCAAAUCUCCUUUACCAGAUACAAACCUUCUUCUGCUCGUUCAGUUUAUUUGUGCAGAUGCUGGAACCAAACUAGCUGAGUCAACAAUCCUGAGCAAGCAGAUGAUAGCCUCUGUACCUGGCUGUGGGACAGCAGCGAUGGAGUGUGUGAGGCAGUACAUCAACGAAGUGCUGGAUUUCAUGGCAGACAUGCACACGCUGACCAAACUGAAGAGCCACAUGAAGACAUGUUCCCAGCCUCUGCAUGAAGAUACAUUUGGGGGACAUCUCAAAGUGGGGCUGGCCCAGAUUGCAGCCAUGGACAUCUCACGGGGCAACCAUAGAGAUAACAAAGCUGUGAUCCGCUAUCUUCCUUGGCUUUAUCAUCCCCCCUCUGCAAUGCAGCAAGGACCUAAAGAAUUCAUCGAGUGUGUCUCCCAUAUCCGACUGCUGUCCUGGCUGCUGCUGGGUUCCCUCACUCACAAUGCAGUGUGCCCAAAUGCCUCCUCUCCCUGCCUGCCCAUUCCUCUGGAUGCAGGCUCCCAUGUUGCAGACCAUCUUAUUGUUAUCCUGAUUGGAUUUCCAGAGCAAUCAAAGACCUCCGUGCUGCACAUGUGCUCCCUCUUCCACGCGUUCAUCUUUGCUCAGCUCUGGACAGUGUAUUGCGAGCAAAGUGCUGUCGCUACAAAUCUCCAAAAUCAGAAUGAAUUCAGCUUCACGGCGAUACUGACAGCACUAGAAUUUUGGAGUAGGGUGACACCCAGCAUCCUUCAGCUAAUGGCCCAUAACAAAGUGAUGGUGGAAAUGGUGUGUCUCCAUGUGAUUAGUUUAAUGGAGGCAUUGCAGGAAUGCAAUUCGACCAUUUUUGUCAAGCUGAUACCUAUGUGGUUGCCAAUGAUUCAGUCAAAUAUCAAGCACUUAUCUGCGGGACUCCAGCUUCGCCUCCAGGCUAUUCAGAACCACGUGAACCACCACAGCCUAAGGACGCUGCCGGGCUCGGGCCAGAGCAGUGCUGGCCUGGCAGCCCUCCGCAAGUGGUUGCAGUGCACUCAGUUCAAAAUGGCACAGGUGGAGAUCCAGUCCUCGGAAGCAGCCUCUCAAUUUUAUCCUCUAUGAGUGGACUCCUCGGCGCUCAGUGUCAACACUCUGGUUUAGCAAUAAUGGGUUUAAAAACAAACAAUUUGAUCCAAGCAGGUUGGGGAACAUAUUGGUACUGUACAUUCUCUUUCUAGUUUAGUAAAAGAUGUGCAAAGGCCAGAGAGGGCCGAAAAUGAAGCUUUCUUGCUACACAUAUUUCUGAUGACUCCUUGGGCUAUCUGAUUAAGUGUUUCCUUACAUUAUUUUUUAAAAACCAAAUCAUUUUUCUUUAACUAACUUCUAUUUUUUUUAAGAAAAAAAAAUAGACUGGUGGGUACUCACAGAAAAGUUGUAUAAGUCCCCCUGUUGCUAUUUUUGAUGAUAGAGAAUAAAUAGGGUUUUUGAAACCUUUGUAGUGUUUUUUCUUAAAAUCCACUCUUGGCAAUGCAAUAAAAAAAACCGUCACCAUAAGCCAGUGACACCUGACUGAAGCUUUUUGUCAUUAUCCUGGGAAAAGUGGCAGCUUGCAAGGAACAUUACAAAGUGCACUUAGAAAUUAGGUGGUUAAACUGUGCCAAUUGUUUUCGUUGUUUUAUAAUAUCAUUUUCCAAAACUGUCCAGUAAGUUUUAUUAUUUUUAAAACUAGUUUUUCAACUCAUUAGUUCUAGGCUGUACUCUCUUGUAAGCUUUAUGAUAACCACUUUAGUUUUGUGAAUAAUAAAUUUUAUUCUUUUGUUAAUACUUGUAUACAAUUUAAUUGAAAACUGUAGCUUGCACCCUGGACCAGAUGAGUCCCUCACUGGCACAGCGCCCUGCACCUGGAGUGAUGUUUCAUAAAACGGAAUUUUAAUAGUGUAAGAGCACCAAGAUUUCUCCGCACCUAUACCUAGCGUUGGACUGUGCAUUCCAAAUGAAAUUUCUCCUCUUUAUCCCUGUAAUGCACUGACUAACAGAAGACUUACUACACAUUUAAACUGUAUAUUGACAUGCUAUUAAAUGCAUUUUUUAUUA